AUGGUAAAUUGUCAGCUAAGCAUGGUUAUGUUUUCCUUUUGCUUUUACCACUUGAGUUUCCUUGUGCUAAGGGGUAGCUCAACGAAGCCAGAUGUGCGCGUAGUUCUGCUUUAUCCACUUAGUUCUUGUGAUCAAUUAAUUACGGAUGUACCGUUCAACUCAGCCUUUGAUGUAGCAGCUAAGGCGAUCAACGAUUCGCAAGACUUUAGUUUUACAAUGUCGAUUGAAUCGCACGACACCCGAUGUAGUGAGUUGGUUGGAAUCAAGGCAAUGACGCAGCAAUGGAAUAGCGCAGUACAUGCCUUCAUUGGACCGGGUAAUGACAGUUUUUGCGCAACAUCAGCCAGGAUCGCAGCUUCUUGGAAUCUUCCUCUCAUUUCUUACGUAAGUGCUUGUCGUUUUUUGUUAUGACAAGGUUAACAAAGAACUUAUUCUACCUCUAAGGUAACUCAGUAAGCGAGUGCAUGCUUGACAAUCGGCUGUCAUCAGAUUUUGAAUAGCUUAUACUAUAUACAAGCUGAAGUCAGCGUAUUCCUGAGUCAAUUCCUUGUGAUUUCAAAAUGAUAGCUGGAGCCAGCAUACUCGCUAUUCUCACAAUGCUCAUAACGCAGGGUCAGGCAUGCGAGAAACCCUGUUUAGUACGGUAUAGCAUGAUGACGCUCAUUUUCAUCUUUAGCUUAGCAUGUUGUCGAACUGGUUCCAAAAUAAAGCUCAGGUUUCGCUUGGUUUCUGGCUAAUUUCGAACCUAAUAGAAGUUUGAUACGACGAAACUCAAGGGCCACCACUUUCGUCUUUCCGCGACAGGACGUUUUCAGUAUGGUUAUUAUAUACGGUAUCUCGAUCCAGCCAUUAGGUUGCCGGUCUAGUGUUUGAUACCCUUAGAUAAAGUGUAUUCAUUAGAGCUAUAUGUAUUUUGUGACUGUAUUUUUUUAAUUUGUAAUUCAAGUCGUUUUUGAGUCAAUAUAACUGAAGAGGGCCACGUCUUCAGGAAAGCGAUUUAUUUAACAACAUACUUGACCAAAGAAAAACAGUUCUGUGCCUGUCGGGCGGCUUAAUUUCUUUAUUGCGAACAUUUUCAGUCUUUUUAAACUCUACUGAACCUUGCUUUAAUUUAGAAGAAAGAAAGGUUUUUUGGCCUGAUAUAUGGUGAGAGCAACACCCGAACUGUAAUAAGUUAGGGGAAAAGCCUUUAAGUUAGGCGAUAUCGUAUCAAAACUUCUCUUGUACAGUACUAGUAAAGAGAGUAAUUAGGGAUAAAAAGGCAGAAAAGGGAGUAAUUAGGACUGGAAAACUAUACGAACACGUUCUGUACCGUUGAACAAGUAAAAUUAAACUGAAAUGAAAAUUCUUCGAGUAUAGGUUGCGUACUAUAACCUGUCAGAAGGAGAGGUUGUAUCAAAUUACAAGGAAAGAAAAGAGAAGAUGGCAAAACAAAAGGCAAAACGAAUCUAAAGACCUGGAUCUGGAACUCAUGGUCAACAUUUAAUGACAGAGCAACUAAAAAUGAUAGGCAGCUUGUUAUUUACUUCUUCCGAUCAUUUAUACUUCAGUAAUUCUUGCCAUAAUCUGAAGACACAGGAAAAUGAAGGUUCUCUUAUGAGCUCAACAUAGUAUCAUAUAAUGUAUGAAAUUAACACUCAUGACCUCUCAAAGAAGAAUCGGUUCUCGUAAUAUGUAGAGAAAGAAGAAAAAGACUGUUGUUUGUUUGCCAAACAAAUUGUCAGUUGUGAAUUCAAAAACGUGUUUGGUGCUUAAGAGUACCGUAACAAUGCGUACAUCACCAGUACGAAGUAAAACAAGAGAAGGUAUAAUAAUCUUCUCCUAGUUAUAACUAAUUAGCAUUGCAUAAAAAAGAAAGCUGCAAGCCAAUAGCCGGCCAACCGGGAAAAGGAGGGCUGCUUGAAAAAAUGCAUACCCGCGCUGAAGUCUCAUUCACAUGACUGCGAGCAUGCGCAGUCUCCUAUCUUUCUUCAGUUUCGCAGUUCACAGCAGGCAAGAGAGCAGGCUAAUACUAACGCUAUCUAUCGGGCGACCUUGCUACCCAGCUAACGUUGAGAAAAAUCAAGAUACUUGUUUUAUUAUUCAAUUUCUGCUUUAGUUCUGUGACGAAGAUGUCGUAUCAGAUAAGAGACUCUACCCAACAUUUGCGAGGACAAGGCCUCCCAACUCACAGUUGAGCAAGAGUGUCCUGGCGGUGUUAAACAGAUUUUCGUGGAAAGUUGUCGCCAUAUUGUAUUGUUCCAAAGAGAACUGUUUCGGUCAGCAGUCAUGGGAGAAAACCAAGGAUGAUAUGAGCAAAGUAUUCAAAGACAACAAAAUUCAUGUUUCUUAUGAAGCUAAAAUCACGCCUUGGGAACAUGAGUUUGAGGAGAUUGAUCGAGUGUUGGAGGAUAUCAAAACAAAGGCUCGCGGUGAGUAGAAAUGUUUUCUACAAUCGCCAGUAAAACAGAUACGAUUGUUCUUAUAACAAGGUUGUUAAAAGCAGCGUUUAAACGUUUAUCGUAUUUAGUCAAUAAAGUAUUCAUUUGGUUAUUCCUGUGAUACACACGGAGACACUUAUACGGAGAUUAAACAAGGCAGCACUUGAGGCGUUCGGUUCCGAAGGCACGGAGAAAAGUAAUAAACAACUGUUUCGUAUUCGGCCGGACGUCCUUGAAAGUUUUUAGUUUAUUUCCUUUUAAGGCUAUACUUCUGUUUUGAGCUUCUGCCAGUUUUUUCCAAUAAGUUAUAUUCGUUUUCAGUAACUAUCUACAAGAGAAUUACUUCAGGGACAUAGAGAACUGCUUCAGGGACAUAAGUGUCGCUCGAAACACUCACUGUUAAAUGAAUAAAGGGAUGACUAAGUCAAUAGAACUUCUAUUUGCCAGUUGAACUGGCACUGCGUCAGUUGGAAAGAGUGAAUUAAACUCGCAAGGAUUUCAGUACUCUUAUCUGACUAUAUCAGUGAUGCGCUGACGAAGCUAAUGUUUUAAUGGCAGCUAGCUUGUGACUAAAGCCGUCUCUGCCCGCUUCUCGCCGCUAGAGACGUUCCGCGGGAGAGAAAUUAUGGGCUUUAAGAUCCGAAGACGAGACGGCAGCGAAAACGUAGCUCAAAAAGUGAAUUUGCGUUCUUUUAGCCUUCAUCGCGACUAUUCCUAACCACUUACUUUCAAUUUUCAAAAUGCAGGCGAACCCUCCUGGAGCUGAAUUUGUAAGAACCAUGCUCUGUUUCAGAGAGAGAAAUGAAAUUUCGUCGUCGAUUGGGCGCUUCUUUACGUCCCCACAAAACGUUAGAUUAGGUAUUUCCACGUCGUAGUCGUGCAAAAACGGUAACGAAAUGUACAAACAAGCGUGAUUCACGUGUAAAGUCGUUGUUUUGCUUAUCAUGAAUUAAAACCUAUUGCUUUUUUUGACGUUCUCGUUGCCGUCGCGUCGUUGUAUCUUAAAGUCCUAGCGGCGAGGGGCAAAGAGAGAUGGUUCUAUUCGCAGCUAAACACCAAUUUCUUUUAACUAAGGGAGCGUUCGAUUGAUCUUAUUUCGAAAAAAGAAUGCAUGGGACAGCAUACUCUAAAAUUGGCUUGUUUGGUGGCUUCAUUGUAUGAUACAGUGAAAAAAUCUAGUAGACAUAAAAAAGUAAGAUGAUUGUAGCAUUCAAAUGGUCAAAAACUGAAUGUGUGGUUGAAGAGGUUUGUCAACAUUUUCUGUGUAUUCUUAUUAACUCAGGAAAGCGAUCAAUCGUAAAGCACCCUAAAAUUUUUCGACGAAAAACUUUAAGUUACACGUGUGCAAUUUAUAAUUCCACUGUUAGUCCCAAUUCUUUUCUUUCCUUUCAGUCGUCAUACUGGCCACAAAUCCAGAGAAUACACCAUUUUUUAUGACACGCGCAAGAAAAAAAGGCAUGACCAACGGUGAUUACGUGUAUAUCAUGAGCACACUUUCUGACGUUCAGGAUCAGGGUACGGAUUACUGGUUGCAGGGAAAGGGCGGAAUAGUGAAUGAAAAUGAAUCAAGAAAAGCCUUGCAGUCGGUUCUUGCACUAGUUCCAAAGCCAUUCAACCUCACUAAGUACAAUGACUUUAAAAGGCGACUCAUUGGUGAAGCAGAGGACGUAAACUAUACCCUAGAGAGUGUAAGUAUAGAAUCACUUUGAUUUUCAAUGUAUCUUCUUAAUUUCCUAAAAGCCAGGUAUCUAAAUCUAAAACUUUAGCGGGUCGUGGGAUUUACCUUUAUUUGUACGAAGUAAAUGAGAUUUACUUCACUGGUGCUCGGAUGUAACCACUGGGAAAGAAAGGGAUAAACAAUUUCUCAAACUGGGAAUAGAAUUUCUCUACUUUCACGAUCUUCGACUAUAUUAUUUGACACAAUUGCUCCAUCAAAUGUGCCUAUUUUUUGAAAUAAAAGAAAUAACAAUCUGUACCAAUAGACCUCAGUAGACAUGUAAGAUUAUGUCAGUUUUUUUCCUUUGCACCUAACCCUCGCCGCAACCCAGUAAGCUGGUGUGGGGUCAUUUCAUCAAGCUCGUCCCUGGGUCUUCUUGUUUUCCAAUAUGGCGGCGGCAGGAAAGAAGCCACCAUCAGUUCGAAAACGAGAAGACCCUGGUGACGAGGGUGGUUGUCGGGGAAUGAAACGCGCGCGUUGGCACGUGACAGAGAUCAAAAUGGCGCCCGAUUUGGGAUGUGUUCUACCCGAGGUCUCCUCUCAGCUGCGGAUCUGAUAAACUUUCGCACAAACUCAUUCAAAUGAUCAGUCCAAAGAAUUUUAUCUGCGGCGCACGUAAACAAAACCUACCUGGGGCGUGUUUCUCGAAAGUUCCGGUAACUUUUCGGGCCCGGAAAGCUGUUUUGUGUUUCUUGUGUUUGCAUUCAGCAAAGCAAAGCAAAGUUUCAGUAAUUCUGAGGAUAAUAAAAUGAAACUGUCAGUUGACGAAGCAAAAUUGACUGGUUUGUGGGCUAGAACUGUGCUUACUACUCAACUGGUUUGGAUUUUGAAAUUUGCCUUCAGGCCCGAAAAGUUUCCGGGCCUUUGGAGAAACGGGCCCCUAGUUUGAUUGAUGUAUUGAUCGCACAUUAAUCAACACUACCAGCACCGCACCAAUCAGAAUCUGCGUUCCUGGGCAAACGCCUUUUUUUUAGGAUCGUGGGUUCGGGGACGAGCGUUUCCUUUUCUCUCCUCCCCCUUCAUUCCUCUGUUAUGUUCUCGUCCCAACUUUCCUGAAAAAUUCGGGUGGAAACCCUUGCUACGCAAACUACCUGCGAAGGUUCUCGCGUGCACAGAUCAACGAGACGAUUACAGCAGUAGUGAAAGUAAAGACAGUGAUUUGGAUGAGGCCGGUGCAAAUAACAGAAGUGGUUUUAAUAUGGUUGUGCCAACAAAGGUUGGAAGGGAAAGAGUGUUCACCAGCAGAAUAAAAUAUUUUCUUCAGUACAGGUGACGGUACAUUAUACAAACGGUAUCACAAUGCUUUUACUUCAUUAUGUGCAUCAUGCAGUUCGUAAACGAGCACUGGAAAUGGGAUUUCAGAUUUGGUUACUGGGAUUCGUACCAAAAAUUAAUUUGGCUGGGAACUGUGAUCUGGAUCAAACUUGGGUAGGAACUGGGAUUGGUUAUCCCCAUUCAGGUUAAAUAAUAUUCAUUUAUUUCGACUCCUGUUGGGAGUAUUCGGAUUAUUUUCCUAGUCGCCUGUGUCACUGACUGAGGAGACAGCUUUCUCAAGUAACCACCAUACUUGAAAUUCACCAUCACGUCUCUUUCACUCAUUGCGCAUGCGCAUAAGUACAUAUCGACAUUCCACUACUAGCAGUAUGCAGGAUGUGAAAGGUUUGAACGCAGGAGUCAUUUCAAAAGUAGGUUGAGUUUGAUUGUCCGAGUGUUUGUCACAUAAAUCUAGUUUAGUGGCCUUAGCUCCCACGAGUCUCCUGUGGCUCAGUGGUAGAGCUUCUGGGUUAGAAUCAGAAGGUCAUAGGUUUCACUCCUGUUAAGAGUACUCGCGGAAUUUUUCUUCCGAGCCACCUGUGUCACUGAAAAAUUUCUCGUUAAUCCUAAAUCUAAUAACUGCUUUUAAUCUUGUAGGUAUGGCAUUAUGCCACUUAUCUAUAUGACGCGGUCUUUUUAUACGCGUUGGCGCUUAAUAAAACCCUUUCAAAUGGCACAGACCCACGUGACGGAACUGCAGUAUUUCACAAUUUGAAACAAACUAGUUUUGAAAGUAAGUCUGUUAUCUCAGAAUUAAUAAUAAUGAAAUAUUUUUCCUUGUUAUUUGCAUAUGUUAUUUAUACUGUAAGUAGUAUGGUUUAUAAAACUCGAUCUUAACAGGCUGCAAUAGAUGUAGAUCAGUGGCUGGAGCAUCCGAACUAGAACUCGGAGGGUCGUGAGUUCGUGUCUUACCUAGAGCUCGGAAUGUUUUCUGAGUUUUCUGGUGUUGGAUUUCUCCUGUCUUUUUUCUUGGGUCGCAACAGAAACAAGGACUAAGAUUUGUUUCCGUGUUAUUAACACAAAAAACUCCAAGAUCCUCACAAGACAACGUUCAAAACGAACUCUAUGUGGCCGCCCAAAAUUCGAUCACCAUAGAGAUAAAAACUGCACCUGCAGUUUACCUCCUUACCGAAGUUGUAUAGAGCAUUUUGGAAAUUUUUUGCAGGAAACAAAUGGCAGUCUACCCGACAUCGGUCCUCUUUCGAGCUGUAUAUGUAAGGGGGAGCUACUCGUGAUCUGCACUAACGCGCGUAGUAACCAAGUCCAUGAUACUGGUGCAAUCAUUGUUAAUACAGUCAUGUAGUAAGGAUGAAUUCGAGAAAUUGUGAGCUCUUAUGUCCUUUCUUGAUCGUUUGCAAGGAAAUGGAUUCCUUGUAACUCUUUUAAUAUCUCACUAGGUGUCACCGGAUUUUAUGUUCAUGUCGAUGAUAACGGGGACUCAGAGUUUAACAUGACACUUCUUGAUUUUGUUCAAACGGUGGAUGACGAGCUAGGUGAGUUCUGUUUGAGCUUGAAAAAUUUAUAUAAAGCUGGUAAUCUCUAAUGUACAAAAAAGUACGUCAGUCAGUCUCUGUUCAGCAAACUACAGUGGCGUCAUAAUAUAAGUUGUAUGUUGGCCAAGGCAAGUUUAUCUAAAGGGGAUUGAAUUGCAGCCUUCGCUGCCCAAGUUGAACGUUUUUGGCGUGCAAUCAUCCCUCAUUUAUCCUGCUCCUCGCCACCUUACAAAUUCAGAGAUGUUUGGCUCUUGAUCAGGUUGCGCACAAUCUUAAACUCUUUAAACCAAGCGACAGUCAUCUGUGACUGUGGUAUUAAUAGUUUGUGGUGGUCGGUAACCUUGCCAAGCGAUGUACGACUGAAUAGUUCUUUAUUUUAGAAUGGAAUAAUUCUUUUAAAACAGGGUAAAAUAAAAAUUAUAAAUUAUAAAAUUAAACUAUAAAUAACGUAAACGUCCUAAACAAAAUUCAAAACUAACUAAAGCUAAUAUAACUUUUAUCCUCUUUUUAUGAAAGCCGUGUAUCUUUAUUACGAAAAAAUAAGAUUAACUAAUAUACAGGUUUAAUAGCAGUUUUACAGCAGAAUUUCCUUCUGGGCAUGGCAGACUGCCACUUAAGGCUAAACUAUCUUUACUAAACCGGAUCACUAGUUUGAGGAUUCACACAGUUCAGAUGGUAUGUCUGCCACAGGCUGUCGAGAGCCGAUUGCCAAUCGGCUACUGAGGCCGUGUAUCACGCAUAUCCCAUAAGGAAUUGUAGCGAAUGAGAGUUCAUGUCAACACUGCCCUGAAAUAAAAGCCCUGGGGCCUCCAACAAAAGAACUUAUUAUCCAUAUAUAGGUUUGGGUCACUCUUCCUCUUAUAUGUUUCCAUAGAAACGAAAACAGUUGGUGAGUUUAAGCUAAGUCAGUCAGGAAAGCAAAUUUUGGAAUUAAUGCCAGGGAUUAAUAUCACGUGGUCUGAGGAUGGUCAGCGGACAACUCCACCAGGAGAUACGCCACCUUGUGGGUUUAAUUUGGAGUUUUGCCAAACACCAUCACCAAGUAAGUGCCGCCGACACAAUUGUAUUUGUCUUUUUUUAACAAAAGGCUGAAUUCACACAUGAUCAUGCAACAACAGUGCGAGCCAUCGAAAAACGAAAAGGAACACCUACUUUUUACAGACACGUUACGUGAGACGUUACAAGACAUAAAUUUAGUUUUUCCGCAUGCGACUGGGGGAUCUUGCAUUCGAAUGCGAGAAUAGGCAAGCUUUUUACCGGUUUGAAAACUUGUCAGAACGUUGCAAAGUUCGCUUCAAAACACCAGGCAGUCUCUAACUUCACUUUGUUCAGUAAUGCCAGUGUUCUGGCUUGAUCUUUUUUCUUUUUUUAUUUCUUUUUGUUGUUGUUGUUGUUGUUGGCUUAAUUAACUAACUAUCUUCCCAGGUCCUACCACAUCCACUGACAAAGUGUACAUCAUAAUCUCUGUCAUCGGUUCUGCACUUGUCAUCGUUUGCACAGUCUUACUCGUCUUCUAUGGCAGGUAACAUCUAGCUGCCAUCUCCUUUUUUACCACAGCAAAAAGAAAAAAAACGCGAUCCACCUAUGAUCUUUUAGGGUUCGGAAGACAGGAUGGUUUCACAAUUUAAUUGCAACUGUACUUCGAAUUACAACGGGCUUUUAUGCACAUAUAAGCAUCUCGUCAGUUUACAAAUUGAAACGUAUCUUAUGCUAUUCUAGUAAUAAUACCAACAACAAUAAUAAUAGUAUCAGGCAGUAGUACUUUUUACCUUUUUUGCCAGCGAGUAUGACUCUGCCAUAGGAACUUACUCUGAGCUACUUUUUGGCUCCAAAUUCUUGACUUCUUCGAACCAACCAAACGCUAAAAGGAGAGGGGCAAAGAACGGAUGAAAAAAAAAUCCAAAGCUUAACCGCGAGAUUUCAUGCACACGCAUGUAAGCGUUCCUUAAAUAGUCCGAAAUAUCGUUAAGCGAUACCGCUUUCAAAGCAGUCUUAUCCCCUGCUACUGACGGUUUCUCGUUUCACAAAUUCGGCUAUCUCUCCUUGCCCCUUUAAAAUUUUAAUCAUUCCUUGAUAUCUUAGCUAUAGCCGACUUAUCUCAAAACAUAGCUUUUAAUUUUAAUUUUAUUUCACGAUUAGGAAAUACACAUUUGAGAAAGAACUUGCGAAUCAAAUAUGGAGAGUGAACUAUAAUGAUAUUGUCAUUGGUUCUAAUGCUGGCCUUUCAAGAACAACGUCAAGAAUUUCAGACGUGAGUGAGGUCAGUAAGCCAGACAGUAAAUUUACAAGAUAUUAACUGAAUAAUCUCUCUCGCGCUUACUGGGAGAGAGCUGUAGUGUAAGAAGGCUUUUAAAAUAUGGACCCUUAAUUAAAUUAGAGUACAUUAGGCUACUUAAGGUUAUUGGCACUGAAAUGUGUACUUUUAGUUUACACAGGUGAGCAGAACUCGGCGCGGUACAUUGGGAACGUAUAAGGUAAAUUAAAGUUAACAUUUUUCAUAGUUAAACUAUUCACAUCCUUAGGAGCCUUUACACCGAAAGAAAUUUUCGUAACAUUCUCUUUUCAGGGCUUCAACACGAUUCGAACCCGUGACUUCCGCGUUACCGGUGCGUUGCUCUACCAACUGAGCUAUGAAGCCACACACAUUGGGAGCGAGAUCAAUUUAUUGAGUUCAUAUCUCCCGUGAGGAGUGAAAUGAUGUGAAGUAUAUAUCAAAUAAUUCAUUUUUGAACUGCGGUUGUAAAUGAAAGUGAUCUUACUAGUAGCGUCAUUUAAAAGGUUAAAUUCGUUAACCUUUCUUCUUCGGACUUUUUUUAGUCCCGAAGUUGCCCUAAGCUUGGGCACUGGAGGCGCAAUGGCCACGCAACGAGAUGGAACUGAGCUACGAAGUCACACACAUUGGGAGCGAGGUCAAUUUAUUGAGUUCAUAUCUCCCGCAGUUCAAAAAUGAAUUAUUUCAUAUAUACUUCACAGCAUUUCACUCCUCCUCGCUUUCCAAUUGCUUAAAAAUCCCAUGACGCAGGAAAAUUCCACGUGAAGUGUUGGAUAGAUAUCAUCUGCACCUGACAGUUGACCAUUUUGUAACAGGUCAUUUAGAAAGAAGAGUGAUUUGAUAGUCAAUUUUGUUGCUGUUGUUGUUGUUUUUAGGGAAAUCAGGUGGUUAUCAAGCGAAUCGAUAAAGAUAACAUCGAUUUAACGAGAACUGUGCUCCUGGAAUUAAAACAGGUCAGCAAAAAUACCCUUUCUCUGAGGGCCAAUUAAGUAAAUAAAAUGUAAGACAGUGUAAUUCAUAGGUUUAGCGAUUGUUUAUAGAAUCUGAAAACAUUCGCUACACUUGCAAAUUAAAAAACUGACAUACCCCUGUAUAUUUCCAAAAUCAAUAAUCACAGCAAAAAUAUUGAUGACAUCGUUCCGUGUAUCCUGUUUCACAGAUUCGUGACGUGCAUCACCCAAAUUUGACCAGGUUCUUUGGUGCAUGUGUGGACGCUCCAAACAUUUGCAUUAUCACUGAGUAUUGCUCAAGAGGAAGUUUACAGGUAAAUUAGGACCCACUUCACAGGGGUCCGGACAAAUUUUUGAAUGGACGAAUUUUUUUAGCAGUACAACCCGUUUACCCGGAACCGUUCAAAUUCUGUUACUUGCACAAUUUGCCAUGCGUUCAAAAACUUGCACGGUUCUGCUGGAUCUAGUAUAAACGAAAGGCGGAUCCGUACAAGAUUUUGCCCGUUCAAAAAUUUGUCCGGAUCAGUGUAAACGGGGUCUAAUACUACCUGAAUUUAAUAAAACGUUGUCUUCAAAAUGAAAUUUAUCAUGUUUAGGAUGUAAAUAACAUGGAUACAAGGGCACUUAAUAGUCGAACCACUUCAUCUUAUUUGUUUUUGUUUUUACUUUUGUAAGUCAUCUUCAAAAAUAACGAUGAUGAUGAUGAUGAUGAUGAUGGUGAUGCAAAUCUUGAAAUGUACAGAUACUUUGGGUAAAUAAAUUUCUUCAUCUUUUUUGUCCUUUUGCAGGAGAUCAUUUUGGAUGAAGAGAUUAAACUGGACAUAAUCUUCAUUAAUUCCUUUAUUCUGGAUAUCACAAUGGUAAAACAUACUACGUACUUCAGUUGGCGAUAUUUUCCUAGUUAACAGCUCAUCGAAGUUGAUACAUUCUAGAAUUUCUUAUCGUCCUUCCUGCUUUACACUUCCUUCUUUGGCUUUACCUAAGACAUGAGUUUCUUUGUACCUGUAAUCUUGUGCAGUACCCAUACCUGGCUCGGCCAGACGAUGACAAUAAUAAGAUCAUUGGUUAGUUCCGUCAGCAAUAGCCAUGUUUCACACCGAUCAUACGCCAAACGCACGGAUUGCUAGUGGCAGGCCGCCGCAUCAUCGAUAUUGCGAAUAGUAGGAAAGACAAAGGCACUAGUGGUAACUUCAACAACCCGGGCGAAGCAGACCUCAUAGGCCAGAUUAAUCAGCAAAACAACAACUCUGCAUGUGCAUCGGGGCUUUUAAUACAUUUUAUCCCUGUUACUGCAAGUUUACCGGGAGAAACGUUCAAAUAUGACGUUUUAUACAGGACGUAAAUACACUGAGACCAAUUUUUCUUUCUUUUUUUCGCACUUGAAUACACCACCUAAUAACACAAUUCCAGGGAUAACAGCACACCAUUGACAAAUUGCAUGAGUGACUUGGAAUAAUCAAGAUUAAGUUUCAAUGGAAGUGACCUGAUUGCUGAAGACCCCCUAGAAGAUAAUUGAACAAGUAAUAGUGAUGCGGACAAUAUUUAAUUACUGCGUGGUCUUAAAGAAAGAGCCAAAUGUCUCUUCUUCAACGGUGCAAUGUAAUAGCUCAUGAUCUCUAAUGGGCAGAAUUGUGCAUUCUGUUUAUGGUUGAACUGUAAUACUCGACCCAUUCAUUAUGUUAAAGUUUCCCUUUUUACAUCUUCAGCUGAUAUGAACGCUGAAAUUGUUUUCCCUACAGGGAAUGGAAUAUCUACACAGUGUAGAUAUCAAGUAUCAUGGCCAUUUCAGCUCCUCCAAGUGCGUGGUGGAUAACCGCUGGAUGUUAAAGAUCACUGACUAUGGGCUCAGAGAGUUCAAGGCUCUAAGAGGUGACUCUAGCUCAUUUCCCAGGGGACACAACUAUCAAAUGGAUUACUCAAGUAUGCUUCAGUUUAGUGACGAUUGUCUAUGUUAAUUCUUGGUCAAACAGACAACAGAAACAGUCAUCUUCACAAUAAUUGGAGUUACUGUUGCGAAAUCUCUAGAGACAAUAAUCCUCGCUUGGAGGCAUCGAUCUGCAUAUGGCACUGAGGUCUUGAACUUGAGUCAACUUCGCAGGCAUCUCGGCGUUAAAUACAUUGACUGCCUUGGUUGCCGGUGACUUCUGUUCUCAUAUAGGAGGAGUAUCCCGGGUAGUACCAGUGUCUAUGUAGCAAGUAGCUCGUCGGCAUAUGAGAAACAGACCAUAAUCAGUCUAGAUCAUUCAUUAACUGUCGAUGAAAGGGUUUAUACAUACAAAAACGUAUAUUUUUCAAGUUGAGCUUUCCAGUUACAACACUACACAAUCAAUGUGAUCUAUUAUUUCAGAAUUGUUGUGGACUGCUCCAGAAAUUUUACGUCAGAAGGACAACGUUUUAAAAGGAACACCAAAAGGAGAUGUGUACAGCUUUGGAAUUAUAGUUCACGAGCUGGAAACUAGAGAUCUGCCAUUUGGUGCGUGCCAUCUUGUGCCAGAAGGUAGGCAAAAUAGGCAACUGUUAGAAUACUCGAUAACGAAUGUGAUGAUGGCGAUGAUGAUAAGGAGGGAGGAAGAAAGAUGAUGAUUACGAUGGGUGACGAUAAAAAAUGAUUUUGGUGCAGAAGAUAGUGAUAAUGCAAAUAGAAAUAAUUAUGAUGAUAACGAAUAUGAUGAUGAUGAUGGUGGUGGUGGUGGUGGCGGUGAUGAUGAUGAUUAUGGAACAAUUAAAGGUUGAGUUGAAUAAAAUAAGGGCAUGUUGCCACUUAAGAUACUCAACGUGUACAAGCCGCUAUCAGGUUUAGCUUUGCCUUAAGCGGUAAACAGAGCUAAGCUACACGACCUAUGGUUUAUCGAGUAGUCUGAUCGAUAUAUUUGGUCAGACGUCUUGACAAAUUCGUUGUUGCUAUGUUUUUAAGAUGCAGAUUUUUGUAUUUCAUUAUAGAAAUAAUCGGACGUGUUUUAGCUGGUACAAAUCCUCCUUUUCGACCUCCACUUACCGCCAACGUGACAAAUGAAGAUCUUCACUUUAUAAUGAAACUGUGUUGGAAGGAAGACCCAGAAGACAGACCAGACUUUUUGGAGAUACGAAAGAUGCUGAGAAAACUCCACGGUAGAAAGUAAAUUCGAUUUCCUAUCUCUAACUAAUUCAUCGUUUUGACAUAACGUCACGGCGACCAUAUCGCUGCACCAAAACAACGAAACGGAGGCCAUUUUAGUUUACCAUGAAAAACACACCAUAAAACCGCCAGCUACGCAGGCUAACUAACGAAGUAUAGUGAUUGACCUUUUUUUCGUGUAAAGACUUCAUUUUUUUGCAAGACAUUUGUAUGCCUGCUUACCACGACAGUGGAACGAUUUAUACAAAAGAUUCCAAUAAUGUGAGCAAAAACUGGCUGCGCCCCAAAGAACAGUAUUGAAAAGCCUUGAAUCAUGCCAAAUUCAUUCAAUGAGAACUUAGUUUCUUUUUUUUUGUUUGUUUGUGUGUUUUUUGACGAAUAAGAGUGAACAUCAUUGGAAGCCGUUGCCCCAGUUUUACAGACUUCUGGAUCUUAAAAGGGAGUCUACGAUAUCAUCUCUGGUUGCAUUGAAUUUUUAAAAACCGCAGUAAAAAAUUAACACAUGAAAACCUUCCCAUAAUAAAAGCAGUGUCCAUGUUCCAACUCCCGAUUUUUUUUACAAGUACAGGUUAAGUACAUGGUAAAUGCAUAAAUGGACUACGCUCUAUAUUUUUGUUUUUCGCAAAAAACGAAACGAUGCUGGACUAACGAUGUAAUUCUAAAAUCACCUACGGCCAAUUCGUCUAUGGGUAGCUCAACAGCUUAACUCGCCACAGUGCAGUGCUUUUCUUGAACAGAUGUUUUAAACAGAGCUACUAUUUACCUAGGCGUAUAUUGGUAUGAGGAAACUCUCUACAGCUCAAGAUUAGAAGAUUUUUAAUGAAACAUAGAUUUUGGAAGAAAAAGAAACACCUUUUUACCUUUAUACUAAGUAUGCCACGAGUAAAAGCUGAAUAGAUUUAAUUUUUUUUAGAAAUACUUUUGGUAACAUUACAGUAGACUCCCGAUAAUUCGAACCUUCAAGGGAAAGAGAAAAAAAUUCGAGUUAUCGAGGGUAAAAUGAAAAUUGCUUCGAGUUAGCGGGAGGUUCGAGUUAUAGAAGGUUCGAGUUAUCGGGAGUCGACUGUAUUACCAUUUCUAUUAUGGCUGAUUUUAUUUCUUUGUGUUUUAAGUAUGAAUUCAUGGUAACGUAAAAAACUUUGCCACAUUCAACUUGUGGAUUUGCCACCCUUUAGGACCAAUCUCGUCGACAAAAUAAUUUACAUGUUAGAAGAGCAUUCUCACAACCUCGAAAAACUAGUAGAAAAGAGAACGGAGCAGUGGAUUGAGGAGAAGAAAAGAACUGAGGAAUUGCUACACAGUAUGCUACCAAAGUAAGCCCAUUCAUUUUUAUAUGCCUGUCAUCAAUCUAGUUGUAGUGGUGCUGGUGGUGGUGGUGGUGGUGAUGGUGAUGGUGGUGGUGGUGGUGGUAGUGCUGGCGGUGAUAUGGUGAUGCUGGUGCCUGUUGUUGGUGGUGGCGAUGAUGACGGUGGUGGUGUUGGUGGUGGUGAUGGUGAUGGUGGUGGUGGCAGCGAUGGUGGUGGUGGUGGUGAUGAUGAUGAAGUUGUAGUGGUGCUGGUGGUGGUGGUGGUGGUGAUGGUGAUGGUGGUGGUGGUGGUGGUAGUGCUGGCGGUGAUGGGGUGGUGCUUGUGCCUGUUGUUGGUGGUGGCGAUGAUGACGGUGGUGGUGUUGGUGGUGGUGAUGGUGAUGGUGGUGGUGGCAGCGAUGGUGGUGGUGGUGGUGAUGGUGAUGAUGUUGAUGGUGGUGGUGGUGGUGGCGAUGGUAGUUUUGAUGGCGAUGGUGAUGGUGGUGGUAAUAGUGAUGGUGGUGGUGAUGGUGGUAGUGGUGUUGAUGGUGGUGGUGGUGUUGGUGUUGGUGAUGGUGAUGGUAGUGUUGAUGGUGAUGGUGAUGGUGAUGGUGGUGAUAGUGAUAAUGAUGGUAGUGGUGUUGGUGGUGAUGAUGAUGGUGGUGGUGAUGGUGGUGGUGGUAUUGAUGGUGGUGGUGGUGUUGGUGGUGGUAUUGAUGGUAGUGUUGAUGAUGAUGGUGAUGGUGGUGAUGGUGAUUGUAAUGGUGAUGGUGAUGGUAAUAGUAAUGGUGAUGGAGAUGGUGGUGGUGGUGGUGAUGGUAGUGUUGAUGAUGAUGGUGAUGGUGGUGGUGGUGUUGAUGGUGGUGGUGGUGGUGAUGGUAAUGGUGAUGGUGGUAGUGGUGGUGGCGAUGCUGGUGGUGGUGGUGCUAGUGGUGAUGAUGAAAAUGGUGAUGGUGGUGCUGAUGGUGUUGGUGGUGGUGAUGGUAGUGAUGGUGGUGAUGGUAGUGGCGAUGGUGAUGGUAGUGUUGAUGAUGAUGGUGAAGUUCUGGUGGUGAUAGUGAUUGUGGUGCUGAUUCCUGGGGAUGGGGGAGGUGAUGAUGGUGGUGGUGGUGGUAGUUAAAGUGAUAUAAAGUUGAAGGUGGUGGUGGAUAAGAUGGUGAUGGUGGUGGUGUUUUUAGUGAUAGUAGUAGUUACUGUAGCAGUUAGAGCAAGAAUUCAAAGAUGUGUCUUCACAAUGAGAUCGCUCUCAAUUAUGUUUGUCAGGAGCGUCGCCGAUCAGCUUAAAAGUGGUCGACCAGUUGAGGCCGAAAGCUUUGACGAAGUAACUUUAUUCUUCAGUGACAUCGUCGGCUUUACAGCACUUUCAUCAGAAAGUACACCUCUGCAGGUAGAGUCACUGUUCUUCGGACAAAAAAAAGCUGGCAUAAAACUUUACCAUUAUUUAUAUCUGUACCUGAAACCAAGAAAAUACAUUUUGGUUUUUUAUUUGUCAGCUGCUAUUCAGUCCAGUAAUUACUCAGUUCCGAGUUUCGAACCGUGUUCAAGUUGCUUUAUGUUUUUCCUUAUAAUUUUGUUGUAAUAUUAUUUCUUUUUAAUCGUUCUUUGUCUCUUAACAGAUCGUCACCUUACUUAAUGAUCUUUACUCUACGUUUGAUGCUAUAAUUCAAGGUUAUGAUGUUUACAAGGUUUGCAAGUUCUUAUAUACACUUAACGUUCUUGUACAGGUCAAGAGUUGAAUUUUGAAUUUUCUUCAAAUUCGUAGUUACCAUGAGACCGGACAAAGAUUAAAUUCAAAAAGGCAUCGUGUUGACUGCAAAACAGUCGCCUCCUUUUUCUUCGAAAUUAACCGCUGCUCGUAACCGAAGAGGCGCCAAAGGCUAAUCAGAUCUCAAAGUGUCUGUGUAAAUUUAAGAUUUUUUUAUCAUUUUAUUCGGUGUUCAGGAGGGAAACCAAUAUUUUACUGCAUAGCUUAGGGCUGUGCGUUUAGAAAAUUAAGGGAAAAAUAAGAAUUUAAGGAAUAAGAAUCCGCCCCUAGCCAGGGGAAUCACCCUCUCGCCGUAUGAAAGAGACAAAAUCGUAUUUACAGUAUCAACUAAUUUCUUCACCUUUUUCCUAGACCUUCUUUUUUGGCUUUGACAAGUGAUCUCGGUCUUGGUUAAUGAACAAACAAGGCUUUUUUGUCAUUUACAAAUCUAGGCUUCGUAAAACUGAUAGAAACCAUCUCAAUAUCAUGUUAUUUACGGUGUAAAUAACUUUUAAGUUAUUAAAAUAUCUCCUAGGUAGAGACCAUUGGUGAUGCGUAUAUGGUAGUGUCAGGUUUACCAGUCAGAAACGGCCACCAGCAUGCCUUGGAAAUAGCUGAUAUGGCGCUUCAUCUGUUGCAAUCAGUUCAACACUUUAAAAUAAAGCACCGGCCUGACGAGAAGCUAAAGCUAAGAAUCGGCAUUCACAGUGGUAAGGACAGGACCAAAUUACUCACGGUUCAAUCUUCAUAAUUAAGCAACUCCAUGUUUUCCGUGAUUUUUCCGAUAUUUCGGGCUCGGAAACAAAAAUGAAAAGAUCCUGGGGUUACUUUCACCAGGCUUUUCAGAGAGUGAAGGGAGAACUAUGGCUGGGAAAACUACAGCAGAAUUCAACCGUCUUUUUGUUCCCCUGAUGGAAAAAAAGCCAAAAUACUGUAGAUCAUCAUUAUCACAGGGUUCCAUGGUAAUGGACUAAGAAACUUAGUCCUUAUCAACCAUCGACUACAUAACCAAAAGCUUCCUUAUAACGUUCUGCCCAUAUAUAAACGGCUCAACCCGUGAAUGGUGUUAAAUUCAAGUUUGAAAUUGGGAGAUAUUUUUCCAGAUACUCCAGUUUUCCUCUGUCCUAAUAUAACAAUAUUUGCAAAUUCCAACCCGAUCUGAAAUAUUAAGCGAAGAAACACUUUCAUUGUCGACACAUGAUCAUACUAAAUAUUAAUGUUAAUAUUAUUUAUUUUACUGUUUAUGUCAUGCUGUCGAAUUGAAGGUCCCGUAUGUGCAGGAGUAGUUGGCUUAAAAAUGCCACGAUACUGUCUUUUUGGUGAUACAGUCAACACUGCCUCAAGAAUGGAAUCAAAUGGAGAGGGUCUGUACUUACUUAAUAUUUAUUCUUAAAAAUGUAUCAUUAAAUGAAUAAUAAACGUUCUAAAUAAUGUAAAGAUUAUUUUAACUAAAGUUUCAUUCACACCGAAGCUUAAUCACGUUUAAAGGCUGUUUACUUCAUUAAAGCUGCUUACUGACGUAAGUUGAUAGCAGAUUUAGUGCAAAUUACAGAACAUGUGGAAUUUCCUUUGAAUUCUGCGUAUUAAAAAACCUGUGCCGGUUCCGGUUUUCCGUGUCUGUUUUUCAUUUUUUAAAACCUGGUUUAUUCAAACAAUGUUUGGUUGGUGUGAAUGAGGCAUAAAUAAGCAAGCACACUUUCGACCUGUAAUCUUGUUAUCCUUCGUGAACAGCUCUUAAGAUACAUAUCAGUGGAGCCACUAAAGAUUAUCUAGAGAAAAUUGGAGGAUAUGUGAUGGAGGAACGAGGAUCAAUUGUUAUCAAGGUGAGAAUGGCCUUUUUCUAUCUUUUCGCGGUUAGGAUACUGAUGAAUUUUAUAUAAUUAUUUUCUUUCUUGUCAGCUAUUUGUAGAGUAUGACCUGUAAGACCGGGGGUUACUUAGUCGUGUAGGAUAUAACACAAAGAUUUAGCCAAGGCUAAAAGCGUAGCUCCAUUUGAUACAAUUAUACUGAUUAUUUGCUUCAAACAAUAAAUUUGGAAAAAUUGAAAAGAAGGGAGGACCAAAUGCCUUUUGAAGGAGGAGUUCCGCGAGGGCUACUACUUCAUGUAUUACAAGGCGGUAUGUCAAAGGGUAUGGUUUUUGUCCCAAUUUGGUUUGAAAUUGGUUACAGUUCUCGGGUCAAAGAUGGGAUAUGUCUUGCUGUAAUUUCUUGGGUGAAUCCAUAACGACCAUGACAUAAGCAUAUUAAAGUACAAUCACGCCUAUGCUUUUUCUUCAUUGCUAGUGAGGACCAAGCUUAAAGGAAUCAAGAGUUCAGAAGCGUCUUGACUUCUUUGAUCAUAUGAUUUAUUCUAUUUAUUUUCCUUUAUAGGGUAAAGGAACACUAGUAACCUACUGGCUGCAAGCAAGACGUCCAUUUCCUCAGUUAUUAGAUGCCAAUGAAGUUCACAAAACGUACUCCCAGUCAAGCAAAUUUUCCUCCUCGGCAAUAGAGGUGGAGCUGGAACACGAUAAAAACGCGACUGCAAAGAUAUGUAACAAAUACAACAACGAAGAUUCAGAAUAUGACUCGUACAUGAAGAAAAAUAAGAUUGAUCAGUUCAAAUAUGUAUAA